AUGACCGUCUCCAAUUCUAUCGGCAUCACGAUACUGCCGCCGUUGCAUUCAUCAUUUUUUCCGGGUCGGGCGUUUCUCGGUGUGAGGAAUCGCUGGGACCAGGGCGAGGGAGAGGCUCAGGAACGGGCUCAGCCACAGAUCUCGGAUGUGCCCUUAGAGAUUGCAUCUCCUGAGCCGAAGGUGGUCUUCCCGGGUUUAGCACUGAUCAGUGGCGAUCGCCCGCCGCCAGGGCAGUGUCAGAUGGCCGUCGAGGAGGACUCGGGAUUCAAAUCAGACAGCACCAUGGUCCAUCAUCCUGUGUAUACUUGGCACAAUGGCUGGCGCGGACGAGACUCUCGUGGCCGCGACGGCAGUCCUGCAGGCGCUCGCUCGAGACGAGGUAGCCACUGGCUCGGCGUCCCCCCCUUUGAUUUCGAAUUCCCAGCGACCAACGGUGCCAAAACCUCCAAAUUACCCGGUGAACCUAGCCCGGCAAAGGUCGCAUUCGAAGCCGAGUUGGAGGCCUUGGUGCGCCGCGUGCACCAUUUGGAAUUCCAAGCUGUCAGUCAUCACAAACUCCCUGACAAUGCCCAGCAGACCACCCUGUCUGCUUUCGGAUACCACCAGAAGGACCCUGAUUUCUUGUGGACCUUUGGGCUCGAUCGCUUGUCGUCCGGUCAAGGUUCUGACUCUUCUUAUUGCCUUACACAGCAGCAAAGCCUGAAUCAACCCGGUCGGCGACAGCAGACCCCAUCGGGAAAUGACCUCAAAUCCCACCCGCCGCGACAAGCCCCCUCAUCAGGUGACCUCAACGACGAUGAGACCGACGAGGAAGAUGAGACCGGCGCCACCCGUCUGGUUCGCGAAGAAGACAUCAGCAUCCUCCGCAAUCACGUGCAGAAACAGGCCGAAGAGAUCAGCUUCCAGAAAGAUAUCAUAGCGCAGGUUCGGGAUGAGUUGCAGAAGCAGGAAGAGCACACCCGCCGAGCGCUCACCAAGGUGGAGAAUGAGGAUGUCGUCUUGCUGGAACGAGAGCUUCGCAAGCAUCAGCAGGCGAACGAAGCGUUCCAAAAGGCCUUGCGAGAGAUCGGCGGCAUCAUCACUCAAGUCGCCAAUGGUGAUCUCUCCAUGAAGGUCCAGAUUCACCCCUUGGAGAUGGACCCGGAAAUCGCUACAUUCAAACGCACGAUCAAUACUAUGAUGGACCAGCUUCAGGUCUUCGGAAGUGAAGUCUCUCGCGUCGCCCGUGAAGUCGGCACCGAGGGAAUACUCGGUGGUCAAGCGCAGAUCACCGGGGUACACGGUAUUUGGAAAGAACUUACGGAAAACGUCAACAUCAUGGCCAAGAACCUCACGGAUCAGGUGCGAGAAAUCGCGGCGGUCACGACCGCGGUCGCUCACGGUGACCUGAGCCAAAAGAUUGAGAGUCGUGCCCAGGGUGAGAUUUUGGAAUUACAACAAACGAUCAAUACUAUGGUGGACCAGCUACGAACCUUUGCGACGGAAGUCACACGAGUCGCCCGCGACGUCGGUACAGAAGGUGUUCUCGGCGGACAAGCACAAAUCGAAGGGGUACAAGGAAUGUGGAACGAGCUCACAGUCAACGUAAAUGCCAUGGCCAACAAUCUGACGACACAAGUACGAGAUAUCGCGACGGUCACCAAGGCCGUCGCGAAGGGUGACCUCACGCAGAAGGUGCAAGCCAACUGUCGAGGAGAAAUCGCUGAGCUGAAAAAUAUUAUCAAUUCCAUGGUCGAUCAGCUGCGCCAGUUUGCACAGGAAGUCACCAAGAUCGCCAAGGAGGUCGGUACCGACGGUGUGCUGGGUGGACAGGCUACCGUCAAUGACGUGGAAGGUACCUGGAAGGACCUCACGGAAAACGUGAACCGGAUGGCCAAUAAUCUGACCACUCAGGUCCGUGAGAUUGCGGAUGUCACCACGGCCGUCGCCAAGGGUGACCUGACGAAAAAGGUCACUGCCAACGUGCAGGGUGAGAUACUCGAUCUGAAGAGCACCAUUAACGGCAUGGUGGACCGGCUGAAUACCUUUGCCUUUGAGGUCAGCAAAGUCGCCCGCGAGGUCGGCACCGAUGGUACCCUCGGUGGCCAGGCCAAGGUUGAUAAUGUGGAGGGCAAAUGGAAAGAUCUCACCGAUAAUGUCAACACGAUGGCCCAGAAUCUCACUUCACAAGUGCGAAGUAUAUCAGACGUGACCCAAGCCAUCGCCAAGGGUGAUCUAAGCAAGAAGAUCGAAGUUCACGCCCAGGGAGAAAUAUUAACCCUCAAAGUAACCAUCAAUCACAUGGUGGGUCGACUUGCCAAGUUCGCAACCGAACUGAAAAAGGUCGCUCGCGAUGUGGGAGUCGAUGGAAAGAUGGGUGGUCAAGCCAACGUGGAGGGCAUCGCGGGAACCUGGAAGGAGAUCACCGAGGAUGUGAAUACCAUGGCCGAGAAUCUCACGUCCCAGGUGCGCGCCUUUGGUGAAAUCACAGAUGCCGCCACCGACGGUGACUUCACCAAGCUCAUCACGGUGAAUGCAUCGGGCGAAAUGGACGAGCUUAAGCGCAAGAUCAAUAAGAUGGUUUCCAAUCUGCGAGACAGUAUUCAGCGCAACACCGCGGCCAGGGAGGCUGCCGAGCUCGCCAAUCGCACCAAAUCCGAGUUCCUGGCAAACAUGUCGCACGAGAUUCGAACACCGAUGAACGGCAUCAUUGGCAUGACCCAGCUCACCCUCGACACCGACGAUCUCAAGCCUUAUACGCGCGAGAUGCUGAAUGUGGUGCACAACUUGGCAAACAGUCUGCUCACCAUUAUUGACGAUAUACUCGAUAUUUCGAAGAUUGAAGCCAACCGUAUGGUCAUUGAAAGCAUCCCUUUCACCGUCCGAGGCACAGUCUUCAACGCGCUCAAGACGUUAGCUGUCAAGGCCAACGAGAAGUUCCUCAGCUUAACCUAUCAAGUCGACAAUACGGUUCCUGACUAUGUGAUCGGCGACCCAUUCCGUCUACGCCAAAUCAUUCUCAACUUGGUCGGCAAUGCCAUCAAAUUCACGGAACACGGAGAGGUCAAGCUUACGAUUCGGAAGUCCGACCGCGAGCAAUGCACGACCAACGAGUACGCCUUUGAGUUCUCAGUCUCCGAUACUGGUAUCGGAAUUGAGGAGGACAAACUAGACCUCAUCUUUGAUACCUUCCAGCAGGCCGAUGGAAGCACCACUCGCAGGUUCGGUGGUACGGGCCUCGGUCUAUCCAUCUCCAAACGCCUGGUGAAUCUCAUGGGCGGUGAUGUUUGGGUGACGUCGGAAUACGGACACGGCAGCACUUUCCACUUUACCUGCGUGGUGAAGCUCGCUGAUCAAUCCUUGAACGUCAUUGCCUCUCAACUCCUGCCAUACCGCAACCAUCGUGUGCUCUUCAUUGACAAGGGCCACAAUGGUGCUCAAGCUGCCAAUGUCAUGAAGAUGCUCAAGCAGAUUGAGUUGGAGCCAUUGGUUGUGCGCAACGAGGAGCAUGUUCCUCCCCCUGAAAUUCAGGAUCCUUCUGGGAAAGAAUCGGGCCACGCCUACGAUGUCAUCAUUGUAGACUCCGUGGAUACCGCCCGAGUCUUGCGAACCUUUGACGAAUUCAAGUAUAUUCCCAUCGUGUUGGUCUGUCCUCUCGUCUGUGUCAGCCUGAAAUCCGCCUUGGAUCUGGGAAUCAGCUCUUAUAUGACCACCCCCUGCCAGCCCAUCGACAUGGGUAACGGUAUGCUCCCAGCAUUGGAGGGGCGAUCUACUCCCAUCACGACGGACAACUCCCGCUCCUUUGACAUUCUCUUGGCCGAGGACAAUGAUGUCAACCAGCAGCUAGCGGUCAAGAUACUCCAACGGCACAAUCACAAUGUGUUUGUGGUGGGCAACGGCCUCGAAGCCGUCGAGGCUGUGAAGAAGCGACGCUACGACGUCAUUCUUAUGGACGUGCAGAUGCCCGUCAUGGGUGGGUUCGAAGCCACAGGCAAGAUCCGAGAGUACGAGCGAGAGAGUGGUCUGCAGCGCACUCCAAUCAUCGCCCUCACAGCCCACGCUAUGCUGGGUGACCGUGAGAAGUGUAUCCAAGCGCAGAUGGACGAAUACUUGUCCAAACCAUUGAAGCAAAACCAAAUGAUGCAGACCAUUCUCAAAUGCGCCACCCUUGGCGGAUCUUUGCUCGAGAAGAGCAAAGAGUCCCGUAUCUCCAGCAGCGGGGAGAUGCACCCUAUCCAUUCGUCUUCGGUUCCCGAGAAUCAGCAGAGUGCGCGGCCCGGUUUGGUUGAGACUCGGGCCACAUCCAGCACAGGGCCUCCAACGCGAGGCACCCGCGCUGAACCCGAAGAUCAAGAAAUGGCUGAUGACAUUGAUCGGACGUUGCUGCUACGAUCCAACAGUACCUGA